AAUGGCCCUCUGUUUCUUGAAGAUGAAGAAAAUGAUUGCAUGCUUCCUCCUGCUGUUUGGACAAGCUCUGCUUUCCACUCUCUCUGUCAUGGCAAAAGAUCUCCCUGGAGGACGUUUCAGCCCAAGAAGGGACGUGGGCUCACAAUCUCUGCUACAGAACGCUUGCAGCAGCAAACGCCUGGACCUGGUCUUCAUCAUCGACAGCUCCCGCAGCGUCCGGCCCUACGACUUCGAGAAAGUGAAGGAGUUCAUCCUGAGCAUCCUGCAGUUCCUGGACGUCAGGCCCGAGGCCACCCGCGUGGGGCUGCUGCAGUACGGCAGCACGGUCAAGCAGGAGUUCUCCCUGCGGACGUUCCGGCGCAGGCAGGAGGCGGAGCGGGCGGUCAGGAGGAUGCUGCGCCUGGCCACGGGCACCAUGACCGGCCUGGCGCUGCAGUACGCCCUCAGCAUCGCCUUCUCGGAGCCCGAGGGAGCGCGCCCCCCGCGCCAGCACGUGCCCCGCGUCAUCGUCAUCGUCACCGACGGCAGGCCGCAGGAUCCGGUGGCGGAGAUUGCCGCCAGGGCGCGGAACGCCGGCAUCCUCAUCUUCGCCGUCGGGGUGGGCAGGGUGGACAUGAACACCCUGAAGGCCAUCGGCAGCGAGCCCCACGAGGAGCACGUCUUCCUGGUGGCUAACUUCAGCCAGAUUGAGACGCUCACCUCCGCCUUCCAGACCAGGCUGUGCGUGCCCCACAUGUGCAGUGUCGUUGAGCAUGGCUGUGAUCACUUCUGCAUCAACACUCCUGGCUCCUACACCUGCAGAUGUAAACAAGGAUACAUUCUGAAUGCUGACCACAAGACCUGCAGCACUCAGGACCUGUGUGCCGUGGAGCAGCAUGACUGUGAGCAGAUCUGUGUCAACACACCUGGCUCCUACGUCUGCCAGUGUUAUGAGGGCUAUGAGCUGCAUGCAAAUGGGAAGAACUGCCUGGUUGUUGACUACUGUGCUUUGGAUAACCAAGGCUGCCAACACGAAUGUGUUAACACUGAGGACUCCUAUUACUGUAGAUGCUACCCAGGCUUCCUUUUGAACCCAGACAAAAGAACCUGCAGAAGACCAGACUACUGUGCUCUUGAGGACCAUGGUUGUGAACAGGAAUGUGUUAAUGCAGAUGAUUCCUAUUUCUGUCGAUGCCAAGAAGGGUUUAGACUUAAUCCAGAUAAGAAAACAUGCAAAAGGGUGGACCACUGUGCUGAGAGCAAUCAUGGCUGUGAGCAGCUCUGCCUGAACACUGAUACCUCCUAUGUCUGUCAGUGCACUGAAGGAUUUGUCAUCAAUGAGGACCUGAAAACCUGCACACGAGUUGACUAUUGUGCCCUGAGUGAUCAUGGCUGUGAACACUUGUGUGUGAGUGGGGACAGAUCUUACACCUGCCAGUGCCUGGAAGGCUACAGGCUUCGGAGUGACGGCAAAACCUGCAGACGUAAAAAUGUCUGCAAAUCAGUCAGCCAUGGCUGUGAGCACAUUUGUGUUAGUGCUGACAGCUCCUACAGCUGCAAGUGUCAUGAAGGAUUCAUACUGAGAGAAGAUGGCAAGACCUGCAGAAGACAGGACAUCUGCCAGUCAGUCAGCCAUGGCUGUGAGCAUGUCUGUGUUAGUGAAGGGGACUCCUAUGUUUGCAAGUGUCAUGAGGGUUUUCUGCUGAGAGAAGAUGGGAAAACCUGCAGGAGUAAAGACAUCUGCAGUGCAGUUGACCACGGCUGUGAACAUCUUUGUGUCAGUGCUGACGAGUCCUACAUCUGCCAGUGUUCUGAGGGAUUUGCACUAAGGGAAGAUGGGAAAACCUGUAGGAACAAAGAUGUUUGCAAUUCUGUUGACCAUGGCUGUGAGCAUAUUUGUGUGAACACUGACAGUUCAUACAUCUGCCAGUGCUAUGAGGGCUUUGUCUUGAGGGAUGACAAGAAAACAUGUAGAAGUAAGGACAUCUGCAGGUCAGUCAGUCAUGGCUGUGAGCACCUCUGCAUUAACACUGAUGACUCCUACACUUGCCAGUGCCAUGAUGGAUUCGUACUGAGGCAGGACGGGAGGACAUGCCGAAGCAAGGAUGUCUGCACAUCAGUGAGCCACGGCUGUGAGCACGCUUGUGUCAGCACUGGUGAGUCCUAUGUCUGUACCUGUCAGGAGGGAUUCCUGCUAAGAGAAGAUGGGAAAACCUGCAAAAGUAAGGAUCUCUGCGGAGCGCUGAGGCACGGCUGUGAGCACCUCUGUGUUAACACUGAGGACUCCUACAUCUGCCAGUGCCACGAUGGGUUCCUGCUGGCAGAAGAUGGGAAAACCUGCAGAAAGAAGGAUGCUUGCAGUUCGCUCGAGCACGGCUGUGAACAGCUCUGUGUGAGCACUGGAGAUUCAUACACCUGCAGGUGUCAGGAGAAGUUCACACUGAAUGAGGAUGGAAAGACCUGUAGAUAUCAGGAUGUCUGCAACUCAGUUGACCAUGGCUGUGAACAAAUUUGUGUUAAUAUGGAUGAUUCCUAUGUCUGCAAGUGCCAUGAGGACUUCGUCUUGAGGGAGGAUGGAAGAACUUGUAGGAGGAAAACAAAUACCUGCAAAACACUCAGCCAGGGCUGUGACCAGCUCUGUGUUCCACCUGGUGACUCCCACACAUGUCAGUGUCACAGGGGACUGAUGCUGAGGUGAGGCAGAAGGUGCAGGGGUAAAGACCUGUGUACAUCCAUUGCCCAUGGCUGUGAGCAUCUGUGCAUCAGUGAUGGCAACUGGUACAGCUGCCAGUGCCCCGACGGCUUUGUGCUGAGACAGGAUGGCAAAAGCUGCCGAGCUGAAGAUGUCUGCAAAUCAGUUGCCCAUGGCUGUGAGCAUACCUGUGUCAAUAAUGAUGAUUCCUACAUCUGCAAGUGCCAGGAGGGAUAUGUCCUGAAAGAGGAUCAGAAAACAUGCAGAAGGUGCACCGAAGGCCCCAUUGACCUGGUGUUUGUCAUUGAUGGAUCAAAAAGCCUGGGAGAGGACAACUUUGCAACUGUCAAACAGUUUGUCACAAGCAUCUUGGAUUCCCUCGAGAUUUCCCCCAAAGCCGCCCGGGUUGGGCUGCUGCAGUACUCCACGGAGGUGCGCACGGAGUUCUCCCUGCGGCAGUUCGGCUCAGCCAAGGACAUGAAGAAAGCCGUGGCACAAAUGAAGUAUAUGGGGAGAGGCUCCAUGACAGGGCUGGCCCUGAGGCAGAUGUUUGAGAGGAGUUUCACAGAAGCAGAAGGAGCCAGACCGUUUUCAGCUCGUGUGCCUCGCAUCUCCAUUGUAUUCACAGACGGACGAGCCCAGGAUGAGGUCUCGGAGUGGGCGACCAGAGCCAAGCGAAGCGGUAUCAUUAUCUAUGCCAUUGGAAUAGGGAAGGCCAUUGAGGAAGAGCUGCUGGAAAUUGCAUCAGAGCCCUCAUACAAACAUCUCUUCUAUGCUGAGGAUUUCACAGCUUUGGAGGACAUAAGUGAAGAGCUCAGAGCCCAGAUCUGUGAAGCCUUGAAAGAGUCACCUCAGCAGCAGGAUCCAUCAUCUGGGAGGCUUCCCAAGACUGCUCCACAGCCUUCAGGACCUGACUCAGCCACCAUAGCCAUCACAGAUGUCAUUGCCUGUCCCAACCUUGCAGUACACCACAAGUACCUUUUUGAGGAUGGUCACACUCACUCCACCACAGCAAAAGCCUCAAAAGAUAAAGAGCAGUGCAAAUGUGAAAACCUUGUGACCUUCCAGAACUAUGCAACCAGUGAAGUCAGGAAGCUCACCCAGCGCUAUAUCCUUUCACGUGUGAGAGACAGGAACAUCAUAAGGAUCUUUGAAUAA